CGAUUCAUUCCGGCAAACAACUGUCAACAUGCAAAACGUGUACAUCUUUGUUUUUACAAUACUUUUUUCUCUAGUUUUAUCUGAUUCGGAUCAUGGGGAUGCAGUUAUCAGUUACACGUCAGAGAACUUUGAUGAUGCUUUAGACAAAGCUAAACACUUUGUUAUGUUUUAUGCUCCAUGGUGUGGACACUGUAAGAGAUUGUCCCCAACAUGGAAUGAGUUAGCUAAGUUAUACAAUCCCAUGAUAGAUCAACCACUUAUCAUUGCAAAGGUGGAUUGUACAGGAGAGACUGCUUUAUGUGCCAAACACGAAAUAACAGGAUAUCCCACACUGAAGUUCUUCCCAGAUAGAUAUUCUGAAGUUGUACGCUACAAGUCAGCCAGAGAUCUGCAAUCCCUUCAGGCUUUUAUUGAAGAACAGCUGUCAAAUGCUCCAGAACAGACUGAAGAGAAGAAUCAACCGUCAUCAGGGCUAUUUGAUCUGACCGAUGACUCCUUCCCCAAACACGUAGAGACGGGGAGCCACUUCAUCAAGUUUUAUGCCCCUUGGUGUGGUCAUUGUAAGCGACUGGCCCCCACUUGGGAGGACCUGGCCAUGCAUUAUCUGGGCCAGGAAGAUGUUUCCGUGGCUAAGGUGGACUGUACUGUACAUAGAGCAACAUGUGACUCCUAUGGAGUCCGGAGCUAUCCAACACUGUACUUCUUUAGGAAUGGAGAAAAGGUGGAUGAGUACCAGGGAGGUAGGAGCCUAGAGGAUCUCCUCGAUUACAUGGAGAUCCAGCUGUCUGCAAAGAAUGUGAAUGCCGAUCGGACCGAUGAGAAAAUUCCAGAUGCAAUACCAGAAGAAAAGGAACCUGAGGAAACUCUGGAAGCGGUCUUUGAGUUGGAAGCCGAUAGUUUUACGGGAGGCAUAAGUGAAGGACUUGUUUUUGUGAAGUUUUUUGCACCAUGGUGUGGUCACUGUCAAAGACUUGCCCCAACAUGGAAGGAAUUAUCAAAGGAAAUGGCGAAGUAUCCUAUUGUCACCAUAGCUAAGGUGGACUGCACCGUCAGUACCAACAUCUGUAAAGAGAAUGGAGUCAGGGGAUACCCAACACUGAUUCUCUUCAAGGAUGGACAGAAAGUAACAGAAUACACAGGAAGUCGUGACCUUGGUGACCUUGUGGAGUUCAUGCUUGAGCACAUCCAACAGGAAGUUCAUGAUGAACUGUAACCAUAGCAUUCUGAUCAAAAUAUUGAUUUAUUGUGACUGUGGAUGAAACCUGCUGAAAAUUUUUUUGCUAAUUUUGUCAGAAAUUUUAGUCCCUUUUAUUAUCAGUAAUGUUUUAUGUAUUUCCGUCCAGUCAUUUUCAGGGUGGGCAAAUACUGGUUAAUUUUCUAUAUACAGUCAAAUUUUGUUAUCUUGAACUGUAAGGGACCCAGAUUAGACUUCCAGAUAUCUGAGGAUACGAUAUGACCUCACUUUGAUAUAUCCCAGGUAUACAAGAUAUCAGGGUUUGAGGUAACAAAGUGCAACUGUACAUUUAAGUCUAUCAGUUGGUUUGUGUUCUGAAGAUCAAAGUUAUUCUCACAAAUUAAUCUGUCCAAAUUUCUAAAGACAUCCUUUUUAGUUUAUAUAUUAAAUAUAUCAAAAAAAUAAUUUGCAGGAAAAAAAAAUCAUUUGACAUUUGGAAACUUUUUUGCAGAUUGUAUGCACUUUGUGGAUGUGUAAAUUUUAUUUGGGACAAAUUUUAUUGAUGGCAACAUACAUUUGGUGAUGUUCUGUAAAUCAGGUCCCUGUGCACCAUUAAUGGCAUUGUUUUUUGUAUGAGUUUAGCUGCCCCUGUGAACAUUGUACAAUAGUCAGAUGUUCUUUAUUGAGUGAAAGAUAUUAUUAGCACUGUGUAAUUGGGGAUUGUGGUGAUAGAAAUUUAUGAUCCUUAUGUAUUCUUGUAAGCAUUUUUAGCAUGCAGGGUUUAAAAAUGCACUAAAAGCUUUUU